CCGAGCGGCGCCGUGCAGCCGGCGAGGUUGGAUGCAGCGGCCGCAGAGCGCCGGGGGGAAGGCAGCGGGGACGCGGCAGGUACUUGGCGUCUUCUCCGGGACGGGACAGCCCAGCCUGCAGCCCGCCUUCCCUCUGUGCCCCUCUCCUCUUGGGCUGCGCGCCGUGCCCUGCCGCCGCCUGCCCGCCCCGGGUGCAAUCCGCCCGUCGGGGCCGCCCGGCUGUGCGCCGCUGCUGGGUCGUGAGAGCGGCGGCGGGCCGCCCGCCUUGCCUUGCCUUGCCUUGCCUGCUCGGGGAGCGGGAGAGCCCCUGCGCCGGAGCGUCCCUCCGGAGGUCGCGCCGAGGUGCAGGGGCCGGCGUGGAGCGGGGACGGCCGCGCCCGGAUCCCGAGGCUGUGAGUACGAGCCUGGUUUGCAAGUGCUGUUCAGAAUUAAUAUGCAAGGCUCGGUGGAGCUAGGGAUACACACAGCCUGCCCAGAGGAGUGCUUGGAGGAACGUGACUUGAUCUCCCUCUUGUGGAAAAUUGUCAGAACUAAAUGACUGUGAUACUAAAGAAGAAAAGUCCAGCAUUGUGAACAAAUAAUGGCAGCAGUUACUGUGCCACCUGAUGCGCUUUUUGGCCCUCAAGGAAGUGAAGAGAUGGACUCUCUGAUCGUACUUCAUUAUAAUUACACGGGAAAGCUUAUUUUAAGGGAAAAGGCAACUGAUAACAUAGACCUGUCUUCUGUUGCAUUUCUGAUCUUAUGUAGCUUCAUAGUCCUGGAAAACUUGAUGGUAUUGAUUGCCAUAUGGAAAAACAAUAAAUUUCACAACCGCAUGUACUUUUUUAUUGGCAAUCUAGCUCUCUGUGAUCUUUUAGCUGGAAUUGUUUACAAAGUAAACAUUCUUAUGUCUGGGAAGAAAACUCUGAGCUUGUCCUCCACCAUCUGGUUCAUUAGGGAAGGCAGCAUGUUUGUUGCCCUGGGUGCCUCCACUUUCAGCUUGCUAGCCAUAGCUAUUGAGCGGCAUUUGACAAUGAUUAAAAUGAGGCCGUACGAUGCGAAUAAAAAAUACAGAGUGUUCCUUCUUAUUGGUACAUGCUGGCUUAUUUCCGUUUCCUUGGGUGCCUUGCCCAUUCUUGGCUGGAACUGUAUAAACAACUUACCAGAUUGCUCAACAAUUCUGCCUCUCUACUCCAAGAAGUAUGUAGUGUUCUGCAUUAGUAUCUUUAUAGCCAUUCUGUUUGCCAUUGUCAUCCUUUAUGCCCGUAUCUACAUCUUGGUGAAGUCAAGCAGUCGCAAUGUCACUAACCACAGUAACUCGGAGCGGUCCAUGGCACUCCUGAGGACUGUCGUCAUUGUUGUCAGUGUCUUCAUUGCCUGUUGGUCUCCGCUGUUCAUCCUGUUCCUCAUUGAUGUGGCCUGCAGAGUGAAGGAGUGCUCUAUAUUGUACAAAGCAGACUGGUUUAUUGCUCUUGCAGUCAUCAAUUCUGCCAUGAAUCCCAUCAUCUACACUCUGGCCAGUAAGGAAAUGCGUCGGGCUUUCUUCCGUCUUGUUUGUGGCUGCCUGGUGAAAUCCAAGGUGGCCAGGUCUUUGCCUAUUCAGGCCACACCAGACCACAGUCGAAGUAAAUCCAGCAGCAGCAAUACCCAGAAGCCAAAGGAAGAUUUGCCACCAAUGAAUGUUCCCUCAUGUAUUGCUGAGAAAAGUGAAUCUUCAUUUCACAAUGGAAACUUCUGUAAGUAAAGGACUCCUCAAGACAAGUACCUUUUUGUGGCUUUUAGAUUUAAACUACAAGUGUAGCUUAAGUAUUGAUGCACUUAAGUCACAGUGGAAAACACUAACCACUUAUUUAACUUUGAGAACUUAUUUAUCAACAAUCAAUCAUUUGCUUUGGGUGUUUACUCAGUAACACACCGGAUUCAGAAAAAAACAUUUCAUGCUACCCAACAGCCAGAACAGAGUGCAGGCACAUCUAAUGACAUCGUGCACCACAACAGCAUUGCACAAUGAGACUGCUUUUGGCGCUGCCUGAUCUUGCAAGAGAUCAAUAAAACCUGUUAGAAACAUCAGCAUUCACUAAGCACUGAUGAUGAUCAGAAAAUGAGCCUGAUUGUUGCUGACUGGGAGAAGAGCUCAUGUUGGUGAUUAUAUUUCUCUAUAUGUAACUUGCUGUUAUGUAAUGGCCUUAUAUAUAUGUGGUAUAAAUAGCUGUAUAUUUGUACAAUUCCAUAUUAAAAAAGUUGUCUGUUAAAAGUUUACAAUAUGCUAAACAUUGUAUUGUAGUAUACAGUGUAAGGUGACAAAUUAUGCAAAUAGAUGUGUUUCAUUGGGGAUAUUUGAAAAUAUAUGAAGUAGUAGCUUUUAACUGACAGGAACUUUAAUAUGUCAUAUCAGUGCAGUAUUUUCCACUGUUCUUCAAACUUUUCAUGUUUAGUGAAAGACAACGUGGCAGUUGUCACUGUGGCAUUUCACAACUUUUUUAAAAAAGCAGUAGUAAAUAACCAUUGAGAGAGGCUAUUUAAAGUAGUUAAAAUGUGACCCAACAAUAGACAUGUAUAUGUACUGUUUCAAUACAUAUGUUUUUCCUUACUGUUUCAAAUGUAUUUAAAAAUGCAUGUCAAAUCUAUGUAAACUUACGUACAUUGUGAAUGCACUACCUAAGCUGAGAUUCUUCAGUUCUGAAACAGAGACGUCAUUUCAGAAAACAGCGAACCACGACAGGUCCCUGUGGAGUUUCUUCUUUUCUCUCAAGGCACUACCACAGCUUGGGAUUGUGUUAGAAAUUCUCCCUGGGAAGAAGUUCGGCCAGUGGGACCUGAUCCCAUUUUCUGGCAGCAGGCCUCUGUGCUCCUACUGUCUCUAGGCAUUUUUGCAGAUAUAAGAGGGAAGGUGCGGUACAGCAGGAUCAUGCCAAGAAGCAUACCUCUAUUUAUACCUGACCCUGCCUUGUAUCUGGAAUGACAGCCCAUCCAGUUUGGAAGACCUCCUAACUUUUGUGGAGCUCUGGAUUUACUCUUCUGAGAGACUGUUUCAGAGGAAUCUGUAUGAAAACAACUUUACACUUCAUCACGGCCUUACCAGCCUCAGUACAGGAUGGUGUUCAGCAUCAAAUGGAUUUCCUAAGACUUAGAGCAGUUAGGACUUCAUAAACAUCUGGUUUCAAGUCCACAUGGAAGUGGACCAUGGUACUUCCAUCAAUUGUAUUUUAUGGCUGCAGACUUCAGUGGGGGUUGAUGGGUAAUUCUGAGAAUAGUUCCCGUUGUCUUUCGGUAAGAAUGUAAGCGUCUCAAUUUAUUGGGCUCUUGCAAACAUUUAUGUAUAAUAUCUCAAAUCACACCUUGCCUUGUGUGCAGUUAGAAGUAGUUGAGGCUUUUUCAAUACACAACCUGAAGGAACUCAUCCUUAGCUUUGCUCCAGUCUUGGUCAUUUAAAGCCAGCAGCGUUAGACUCUUCCCAAGUAUGUACAGUGUGUAAGUUGUGUAAUGUGUGUAGCAAAAGCCUUUAAAUUGUAGAAGUUUGCAUUGUAAUUAUCUUUUUCAAGUUAACAGUCUGCUUGUAAAUGUUUUAUACUGUUAGCAAAGUGUAAGAACAAAGGAAAACUGUAUUUGAAUGAAGUAACUGUGAAAGAGAGUAGUAAAUAUGAAAUUAUUUGUACCAAAAAUGUUGAAAAGCAGUGCACUUAGAGAACAAGAAAAAGCUAAACUAAGCUAAGCAUGAUAUAACUAUAUGAACUGCAGAUACAGACUGGGUCAGCAGCUCUGUAGCUUUCUGAGAAACGGAUCUGGUGACAUUGCAUUGCUGUGGCUUGCUUAAAUGUUUAGAUCUUACAGUGCUA